AUGACUACACCAAACAUAACUUUAUUUAUAUUAACACAAACAUUUCGUUAUUUAAAUUGUUGCUGUAACUUUUUUCUUUAUUCAGCUACAUCAUCAUUAUUUCGUCAUGAAUUAUGUGAAAUAUUUCAAUGGACACAUUCACUUCAAUCAAAUCAUAAACCUAUAAAUAUAAAAGAUGAUUAUACAACAAGACCAUUACUAAAUCUCCCGUUUUCUGCUAUUGAUAAAGAUAAUACUCCAUUGGAACGUGAAAAUCUUUUGUCCUCAAUAACUAUAACAGCACAGACAUCAUCAUUAAAAACAUCUGAUGGACAAUUUAAUAUUCCUGAUUCGACGAAUGGGAGUAUGCCUUCACAUAAAAUAUAG